AAAUGCUCGUCUGUACCUGUUGCUGAGAAGUCACACCAGACAUCAUGGCCAGAAAAUUCAUUAGUUGGAUGUUUGUGCUUGGAUAUUUGCAUGCAUCCUCUGGACAAACUACUACAUCUGAAGACAUGGGAACGUUUGAACCAUUGAUAUUAAAUAUGACUGCUCCUCCCCUAAACGCAACAGCCCCAACAACCACAACAGAAGCAUUCCUUGACUCACUGGCACAUCUGAAGGCGAAGCUAACUUCAUAUGGAGAGGUCACCAAUGAAGACAUCAUUAAAUUUGUUAAACAGUUCUUUCGAGACAAUCUCCCGAAUGGAACAGCCCACGCAGUCACACUGACAGAAAUUCAAAGGAUUGUAGAUUCAACCACAGCUGGAACUACCGUUAUCCCAACCACCAUACCCCCGAGUACAGCUGCAACACCCAUGAUGCUCAUCAACACAACUACAACACCAACAACACCCCUGACACCCACACCCCUGAACGCAACAACACCUGUGACACCCACAACCAUAGACACAACAACACCUGUGACACCCACAACCAUAGACACAACAAUCCUAGACACAUCCACAGCAACACUAGUGGCAGACACAACAGCCCCUCUGAGCAACAGUACCACAGUUUCAAGCAACACCACUACCCCGUAGAAUGUAUAGAUUUAGGUUCAGAGUGAAUCAAGUAAAUAAACGAUCUGUCAGGUUUCACUCACUGACUACUGCAUGUGAACCUGUUUUAUCUUGUACAAUCAAGAACUGAUUUAUUAAGCUUAUAGAAACUAAUUCUUUAGAAAACCAGAAUAUAAAUAUUUUUAAAACACUUUUCAUCAAUUGUUUUAAAAAGUGUGUGGUUUGUGUGGUUUUGGUUUUGCCCUCUGUUUCAGACUCUUGCAGUCUCUUGUAUUUCUUCCCAACAUUGCUGAUUUCAUAUUUUUUCAAAUUAUUAUGUUUGUACUAAAAUUCUUCAUUGUUCUGUAACGAUUUAAAAAAUAUUACUUGUGACAUUUCUGCACUGUCAAAGUUAAACCAUUGUAGGCUUUCUGGUUUUGCUUCAAUGUAACACUAGAUUUUAUAAAGCAAUCCACGGCUUUAUUUCAUGUUUAAUAAUCCCCUUUUGAAAGAUGAAUAAAGAGACAGAUCUAUU